UUUUCCGGUAAUCAUGAAGCUGGUAAUCAUCCUCGCUCUGGUCGCCUUCGCCGCGGCGCGACCUGACGGCGACUACAGCCGUUACGAGAACUUUGAAGUUGACGAAACAAUCAGCAAUUUACGUUUACUCAAAAGCUUCGUAUACUGCUUCUUAGACCGCGGCAAAUGCACCCCAGAGGCCGCUGAUUUCAAGAAAUGGGUACCUGAAGUCUUAGAAACAGACUGCGCAAAGUGCUCCGAACACCAGAAGUCCCUCAUAGCUCAAGUGUUGGAAGCGAUCAGUCAAAAACUGCCUGAAGAAUGGGAAGAACUGAAGAAAAAGCACAACCCUGACGGCAAGUUCGACGACACAGUUAGAGAGUUCCUCGCCAAAUACGGCAAAAAUAAGCAAUUAAUACAUUCAGUCAUGAAACUCAUCAUAAUGUCCGCUCUGCUCGCGCUGGCGGCCGCUCGUCCUGGCGAUGACUAUAGCAAAUAUGAUAACUUCGACAUCGACGAAGUCACAAACAACGAUCGUCUUACGAAGGCUUACGCGCAUUGUUUCAUCGGUGAAGGAAAGUGCACACCUGAGGGUUUGGACUUUAAGAAAUGGAUUCCUGACGCAUUACAAAACAAGUGCGCCAAAUGCUCAGAUAAACAGAAGGUCCUCGUCGCGCGAAUCAUCAAGGCUUUGAUAGAGAGAUUGCCGGAAGAGUGGAAGAAAUUGAACAAACUGCACAACCCGGAUGGCAAAUAUGAUGAAACUAUAACGGAGUUUGUUAAACAAUAUGGCAAUUAGUAAUAUUUAUAUUUAUAGUGUGGCUAAGAUAUUAUGCCUAUGUAUUUUUGUAAUAAAAACUAGCGGACCCGCUCAUGCUUC